GCGAAUAUACUUGCACUGUCGGAGAAGGAAAGUAUGACAGCGUUCUAGUGCAGCCUUCAAGCUAAAGUCAUCCAGUCUGCUGUCAUCAUGUCUGAGAAAGAGAUCGGCCAAAAGUGGGAUCGCUGCCUCGCAGACUGCGCUAUUAAAGUCGGUACCGGGCUGGGUCUAGGAAUUGUGUUCUCUGUUGUAUUCUUCAAGCGCCGGACGUCACCCAUUGCCUUGGGUACGGGACUGGGUCUUGGCAUGGCGUAUUCCAACUGCCAGAAUGACUUCAGGUCACAUUAUGUACUGCACAGUAAAGUUGCUAAGGAGCAGUAGAGUUGCAUCAGUUAUGGAUUCUGUCAUCUGCCUU